UGAGCCACCUCUAUGGAUUUGGACUGAUGGAUGCUGAAGCAAUGGUGAUAGAAGCAGAAAAGUGGACAACGGUCCCUCCACAGCAUGUGUGUGUGGAGAACACAGAUCGGCAAAUCAAAACAAUACGGCCUGACAGCAUUGUCCGUUCAAUUUACAAAGCUACUGGCUGUUCCGAUAAUCCUAACCACCAUGUGAUCUACUUGGAGCAUGUCAUUGUGCGCAUCACUAUUACUCACCCUCGACGUGGAGACUUGGCGAUUUACCUAACCUCUCCUUCUGGAACGAGGUCACAGCUUUUGGCCAACAGGCUUUUUGAUCAUUCCAUGGAAGGAUUCAAAAACUGGGAGUUUAUGACUACUCACUGUUGGAGUGAAAAAGCAGCAGGUGACUGGAUCUUGGAAAUCUGUGAUACUCCAUCUCAGCUGAGAAAUUUCAAGACUCCAG